UCUGACAGAAAACCUUUCAAAUGUUUCUUAAAGUAAGAUCUAGGUUUUCUGUUUCCAUAAAGUCCGCAGCCUAUACUUGUGGCCACUUGAUAGCAGAACUGCACACCAGCAGUUCACACUGCUCCGGCGCCAAAGACUUGAAAGUAGUCUUGCCUUCCUGUUAUGGUAUUAUGGACACCCUUUACCACAGCAGUCCCUUUAGGCUUGAUCUGAGUCGGCUCUCGUUAAAACGACGAAAGUAUAGAUGAACCAUCCUGUCCACAGACUCGCGGCCGCGUGGCAGCUCCGACUGGUGUCAAUACUACUAGUUGCAUUGGUAGCGUCCAAAGGAAAGGUUGACGAGGAAGCUCUUGAGCAGCAGGCCCCAGCCUACACAGCCCCUACUCCCGGAGUCUGCAGCGAGAGGUGCUACGACAUUGCAACGUGCAAUGAGGAGCUAGGGGGCAGGUGUGAUUGUCCCAAAACUCUGUCUGGUUCGGAGUGUCACCAGAAAGCCACGAAAGAAAGCCUGCAGACUUACGGGCAGAGCACUGUGAAGGAGGCGAAGGACCCUCUGCCCUGCCUCAAUGACUGCAACGGCCGGGGCACGUGCGUGUACGGCGCAUGCGUGUGCACACGGGGCAACUUCACGUCCGACUGCUCGGUCUCCUUGGGCCCCGACACGCAGCAGCCAGUGGUGCUGGCGGGCAGUGGGUAUGAGGCCCGGCGCAAGCGGCCGCUGAUCUAUGUGUACGACAUACCGCACAAGCUGUCCAGCUGGCACAACGUGAUGCGGGCGGACAGGGGCCUGGCAUGGGUGUUUUGGCAACGGCUGCUGGGAGCUGGCGUACUCACGACAAAUGGAGACGAAGCGGACUGGUUUUACAUACCUGUCAAGCUCCGAAGCACCAGUGACGGCUACAGUCUGAAGGAUGCCGUCAGCUACAUCCGCAGCCACUGGCCCUGGUUUGAAAGGUACGGCGGUAACAGGCACUUUGUGCUGCACUCCGGUGACACAGGACGCGGCGAAGUGACGGGCGCCAUCCGCGAGGACGCCACGCUGGCCAACAUCACGUGGCUGCACCACUGGGGCCUCACAGAGGACUACCCCAGCUCGGGCUGGCGCAAGGCGCACCGAGUGGGCAAGGAUGUUGUGGUGCCCAUUUACCUAGGAGUGCGGAAGAGCGCGGGGCUGUUGCCCCUGUCUGGCCUGCACCCGCUGGCACCGCGCAUUCCUCGCAACGGCACCUUCCUCUUCAGCGGCCGCAUCUGCGGCGACCACUCCCUGCCCGACCCCGAAAAGCCCUGGCCCCACUGCGCCACCAGACGCAGCCCCGGUUACUCGCAGGGCGCUCGCCAGCUGGUCCACUUCCACCACUCGCAGCGGCCGGGUUACAAGGUCAUGGUGAAGAACAAAGAGUACCAAGUGGACCUGAUAAAUUACAAGUGGUGUCUGGCGCCCUCAGGCGGCGGUCACGGACAUAGACAGGUCUUAGUGGCCGCCAUGGGCUGCCUGCCGGUGGUGGUGAGCGACCUGGUGAUGCAGCCCUUCGAGCCGGAGAUGGACUGGAGCGCGUUCUCGCUGCGGGUGGAGCAGAAGGACGUGCCCACCCUGCACGAGGCCAUCGAGGCGGUGGAUGAACACAAGUACGAGGAGAUGCAGGACGCCCUGCGCUGCGCGGCUCAGCACAUGAUCUUCAGCACCAUGAGCGGCGCCUUCAUGCAGGAGGACGGAAAGUGGGACGCGUUUGGGUUUGUUCUAGAGAUCCUGCGGAUGCAGCAGGGCCACCCCGGACUGCAUCCCUCCAAAUACGCCGAGGUGGACGAGCAGUACCGCGACUUUCUUAACUGCGGGGAUCCAGACGGCAUGGCGUCAUACGGCAGGAAGCUGCGUGAGACACAGCUGGCCAAAUACCCGACAGCCCCCUCGCUUUCAAAGGACCCGGAAAAGCCCAUGGACUGGAGUGACGUGUACCGCAAGGCAACCGCAGGUUUCAAAAAGCUUGUAGACGCCCACAGGCUUCCGGCUGAGGGCUCGGAGCCGGAGCCUCCGCUGCCGCUGUGCUCCAUGAGUCUGUGGGACCCGGAGCAGGUGCGGUGCAGCAAGGUGGGCCACCGGGAGCGGGUGCACCACUCCUACAUCCCAGGCGGCGCGGCCUGCGUCAUGCACAAGAACCUGGCCGAGUGCCCCAGGCUGUGGGAGUGAUUCACAACUACUGGACCUACACGACAUGUGACGGCAAUGUAUAGGUGGUCCCCCAUCGUAUGCAGUAUGUGGUGCCCGCGUGCAAGAUGUGCUGCACAAUGUAUGAUUGCAAACGGUCGGACCAGGGCAGGGGGGGAGCCAUAUGUACGGUGUGUGAUGGGACAGGGUUCAGGCAGGUUGGCGAGGUCCCUUAGGGUGCAGCUGACGCCCGUACCCCAAGCAGACAGCAAACAGUUUGCAGCGGCAGAGCAGGAGUCAUAUGUACGGUAGUCGGUCUACCCUGCCGCAAUAACUGCAUGCAGACAAAGGUUCUGAGCUUCUGGCAGUAAUGCUUGGAGCCUUUCAAGAGCCAUAUGAACCUUACAAGAGUGGAGCCAGGACUGAUGAGGGGGGGGCAAGACCUUCAGGCUGAGGCCACUGUCUGGGACAGAAGGUUGCCAUGCCGUGCACACGUCAAGUGCAUCCGGUCAGGCGGAGUGGAGUGAAC